CUCGGCCCGGCCCCGCCCCCUCCGGCCCGCGCCUGACGUCACUUCCGGCGCUGCCGUGAGGGGCCCCGGGAUGGGGCGAGGGGAGGCCGCUCCUGCCUGAUCCAGCUCUGCCAAAUCCAGCUCGGCACCAUGGCCACCUCGGAGUGGCUCCGUUUCUUCGAGGACGCCGGGAUCCCCCCGGGCCCCGCCCUGGGCUACGCCGUGGCCUUCGUGGACAACAGGAUCCACAAGAACAUGCUGCUGGACCUCACCAGGGAGCUGAUGAAGGAGCUGGGCAUCACCGUGGUGGGCGACGUCAUCGCCAUCCUGCGCCACGCCAAGGUGGUCCACAGGCAGGAAAUGUGCCGGGCGGCCUCGGAGUCGCUGCAGCCUGAGGCUGUGGGGGGAUCCCGGCGGGAUCCACCGGAUCACCAGCGGGAUCCCCAACGGGAUCACCAGCGGGAUCCCCAACGGGAUCACCAGCGGGAUCCCCAGCGGGAUCCCCAGCGGGAUCCGUGCGGCGCCGCGGGCAGGAUGAUCACCAAGAGCCUGAGCCGGGACCCCGCCCCCCCCCGGGCCCCCCGGAACCCCCCCGGCGCCGGGAUCUGCGUCACCGUCCCCAACGGGGCCGGCGGAUCCGGCGCCGAGGCUCCGUCGGCGCUGCCCAAGCGGCGCCGGGUGACGGCCGAGGCCGAGGGCAAGUACGUGAUCCGGCUGCCCAAGGGCACCACGGCGCGCAGCCGCCACCUCCUGCGCCUGCAGGCGGCCAGAGGUCUGGGCCGGCCCUCGGUGUUCGACCGCCUCGGGGCCGAGGCCAAGCGCCGGAGCUGA